AGCACAGCGGGUGGAGUGGAGCAAUCGGUCAAGCAACCGCAACCGAGCAAGCGGACGCGAGGAGUGAGGCGGCUAGCUGGAGGGAGAUGAGGGCGGUGGUGAUCACGCGCGGAGGCGGGCCGGAGGUGCUGGAGGCGCGGGAGGUGGACGACCCCGCACCGCUGGGCGACGGCGAGGUACUCGUCGAGGUCGCCGCCGCGGGCGUCAACCGCGCCGACACGCUCCAGCGCCACGGCCGCCACCCGCCGCCCGUCGGCGCCUCCCCCUACCCAGGGCUCGAGUGCUCCGGAACCAUCCUCGCGGUCGGGCCCAACGUCCCCUCGCGCUGGGCCGUCGGCGACAAGGUGUGUGCACUGCUAAGCGGUGGCGGGUACGCUGAGAAGUUGGUGGUUCCGGCGGGGCAGCUGCUGCCGGUGCCGGAGGGGGUGUCGCUGACGGACGCAGCCGGCUUGCCCGAGGUGGCUUGCACCGUCUGGUCGACGGUCUUCAUGACCAGCCAACUCUCCCCCGGCGAAUCAUUCCUUAUCCAUGGAGGAUCAAGUGGAAUUGGUACGUUCGCUAUACAGAUCGCGAAGCACCUUGGAAUUAAGGUUUUUGUCACUGCAGGAAGUGAAGAAAAACUAGCAGCCUGCAAAGGUUUAGGUGCCGAUAUAUGCAUAAACUACAAAACUGAAGACUUCGUUGAACGUGUCAAACAGGAAACCAAUGGCAAGGGUGUUGAUGUCAUUCUAGACAAUAUUGGAGGAUUAUAUCUCCAGCGCAAUCUGAACAGCUUAGCUGUUGAUGGUAGACUUUUCAUUAUUGGCUUCCAAGGAGGCGCUGUAGCUGAAGUGAACCUGCAAGCUGUGCUUGCACGGCGCUUGACCAUACAAGCUGCUGGACUGCGCAGCAGAAGCCCUGCAAAUAAAGCUCAGAUCGUCAGCGAGGUGGAAAAGAAUGUGUGGCCUGCCGUUGUGGCUGGUAAGGUGAAGCCGGUGAUUUACAAGACUUUCCCGUUAUCUGAAGCGGCUGAGGCUCAUAAGCUGAUGGAAGCCAGUUCCCACAUUGGCAAGAUACUGCUGCUCCCAUGACUCUGCGUAGUGUUUGCUGUACUACUUUCGGGGGAGCCGGUUUGAACGCAACUGCAACUUCUGUAACGACCUCUAUGUUUCUCUGGCGCGACAUGUGUUUUUCCCUUGUAAAUUUGAUCCUUGAAGUGCUGAUGACAUCCUUCUGUGAACCGUGAUGUAAUAAAUUUGGUGCAUGGACAUAUCAUGCGGCUACA